ACGUGUGCCCAUCAACAGGGAUGGAGAGUGGUCCUGGGGCAGGUGCACCUCCAGCCCCACGACAUGUCCUGCUACAACCGGUGCCUGCCAUGCCGGCCCUGUGGCCCGACCCCGCUGGCCAACAGCUGCAACGAGCCCUGCGUCAGGCAGUGCCAGAACUCCACCGUCAUCAUUGAGCCCUCUGCUGUGGUGGUGACCCUGCCCGGCCCCAUCCUCAGCUCCUUCCCGCAGAACACCGUUGUGGGCUCCUCCACCUCUGCUGCUGUUGGCAGGAUCCUCAGCUGUGACGGAGUGCCAAUCAACUCUGGGUGCUGUGACCUCUCUGGCAUUUCCAGAUGCUACUAGGCAGGAGGUGCCUCAUCUCCAGAGAAAGAUGCUGGAAAAGCCCCAGGGUGACACCUUGAGGAACUCAGAACAUGGUGCUGGGCAGAGGACCAGUCUUUUGCAUGCUCUUUUCAGUAUACCUGAAUGGUUUUGCCUUUCUUUCCCUUUUCUUUGUUGCUGCCUAUCCCCUUGCCCACACCGUCUCCCCAGCAGCAACCUGGUAGGGACCAUCUGUCUCCUCUCCCUCCACGGGGCAGGCAUGAUGCAGGAACUUCCCCAUGGCCAAGGACUCCAGACUCUCAGCUGCCCCCAGCAUUCCCUGCACUUCUGUCCUCCACUUGGAGUGAAGUCGUUGCCCUCUUUUGACUCAUUAAAGCUCUGCUGCAUUCAAGCCUU